UCAGGUCAAAGUUCACUAGCUAGCCUGUCACACAACAAACCGGCUAGCAUAGGAGCUAGCUUCACCCCGAUAAGAUAUUUUAGUUUGUCAAAAUGGACGUAAACCAAGCGAAACAGGAACACCUACUCGCAUUAAAAGUGAUGCGGUUAACAAAACCGACACUCUUCACAAACUUGCCAGUGACAUGUGAAGAUCGAGAUCUGCCAGGGGAUUUGUUUGGACAGCUCAUGAGGGAGGACCCGUCCACCAUCAAAGGAGCAGAGGCUUUAAUGCUGGGAGAGAUGCUCACAUUACCACAGAACUUUGGAAAUAUUUUCCUUGGUGAGACCUUCUCCAGUUACAUAAGUGUGCACAAUGACAGCAAUCAAGUUGUGAAGGACAUUCUAGUCAAGGCCGAUCUACAGACCAGCUCACAGAGGCUCAACCUGUCAGCGUCAAACUCCGCAGUCUCAGAGCUCAAACCUGAAUGCUGCAUCGAUGAUGUUAUCCACCAUGAAGUUAAAGAAAUUGGAACGCACAUCUUAGUUUGUGCAGUCAGUUACACCACUCAGUACGGAGAGAAGCUCUAUUUUCGGAAGUUCUUCAAGUUCCAGGUUUUGAAGCCACUGGAUGUCAAGACAAAGUUCUACAAUGCAGAGAGUGACCUCAGUUCUGUGACAGAUGAAGUGUUCCUGGAGGCUCAGAUCCAGAACAUCACCACCUCACCAAUGUUCAUGGAGAAGGUCUCUCUAGAGCCCUCCAUGAUGUACAAUGUCACAGAGCUCAACACGGUCGCCAGUGGAGAGGACGGAGAGUCCACAUUUGGGAAAAUGUCCUACCUGCAGCCCAUGGACACGCGGCAGUACCUGUACUGCCUGAAGCCAAAGCCAGAGUACGCAGAGAAGGCCGGCGUCAUCAAGGGUGUGACGGUGAUCGGCAAGCUGGACAUCGUAUGGAAAACCAAUCUUGGGGAGAGGGGGAGGCUACAGACCAGUCAGCUGCAAAGAAUGGCUCCAGGGUAUGGAGACAUCAGGCUGUCUUUGGAGAUGAUUCCCGACACUGUUAAUCUUGAAGAACCUUUUGACAUUAUCUGUAAAAUCACCAACUGCAGUGAAAGAACUAUGGACCUGGUGCUGGAGAUGUGUAACACCAGGUCCAUCCACUGGUGUGGUGUAUCAGGGCGCCAGCUGGGGAAACUCAGUCCUGGAGCCUUCCUCUCUCUGCCCCUCAUCCUCCUCUCAUCCGUCCAGGGUCUGCAGAGUAUUUCUGGAUUGAGACUCACAGAUACAUUUCUGAAGAGGACGUAUGAAUAUGAUGACAUUGCACAAGUGUGUGUGGUGUGCCCGUAUACGAGCAACGAGUGCUAGACGUUUUAUGUAAAAGCUUUUUGCAUUUUAGCUAUGAAUGGACCAACAGUGGAAGGCUGACAUUUCACUCUUUUUGCAACCUGAGGGGAUAAUACUGUAUUUUAAAAUGAAUUGUGAAUAAUAUAAAUCAGUUUCUUUGAAAAUAAUAAUGUAAAUGUCCAUAAAUGUUAAUAAAAUCUCUGUAAUCUUU